UAAUUGAUAGCCUGAUUGGCCUCCGUUAAUUGGUGGCUAUAUAGCUAUAAGCUAUACCUUAGGAAUUGCAGUUUUUAGAGAUUAGGAUAAAAUAAUUUCCAGCAUAACAUUAAUAUAACUCUUGUAACGAUACGAUAGUGAAGAGAGGUCAACACCAAGAGUUGGACUGCUGGCGAAUUGUUUUGUUCAUACGUUAUUUUAUCUUUUGCAUGUUAAGACAUACUUUAUAUCUUUGGAUUCAUUUAAUAUAAUUAUUAAUAACUACUUUUAUUACUUAUAUUUUUAAUUAUGUUUCGACGAUUAAACUAUCGUCAACGACGUCAUAAAUUUAUUAAUUCAUCUGUUCGUUAUACCAGUAGCUUAAAAGGAAAAAUAAUAGCAAUAAGGCGUGAAGAUCAAUCAGUAUGGGAAAGAAGAGCUCCAUUGGCACCAUCAAACGUUCGACGUUUAAUAAGAUCUGGCGUAAAAGUAAUCGUGCAGCCGAGCAACCGUCGUGCUUACCCAGCGCAAUCGUAUUUAGCUGCUGGAGCUCAUCUUCAAGAAGAUAUAAGCGAAGCUUCAGUGAUCUUCGGAGUAAAGCAAGUUCCUGUUGACGCUUUAAUACCUAACAAGACUUACUGCUUCUUCUCGCAUACAAUAAAAGCUCAGGAGAGCAACAUGCCACUCUUGGACGCGAUCCUCGAAAAAAAUAUCCGACUGCUAGACUAUGAGAAGCUAACUGAUAAAAAUGGGCAACGACUCGUCGCGUUUGGUAAGUACGCCGGUGUAGCUGGCAUGAUAAAUAUUCUCCAUGGGUUGGGACUCAGGCUCCUGGCUCUUGGACAUCACACACCUUUUAUGCACAUCGGACCAGCCCAUAAUUAUCGCGACUCAGCGGUUGCUCGGCAAGCGAUCCGCGACGUCGGGUAUGAAAUUGCACUUGGAGCGAUGCCCAAGUCAAUUGGGCCGCUGACUUUUGUCUUCACAGGCAGCGGAAAUGUUAGCCAAGGUGGUCAAGAAGUGUUUCAAGAACUACCACAUGAGUACGUUGAUCAGCAGAGUUUGAGAAAAGUUGCUGAGCAUGGUGAUACAAAUAAAAUAUACGGAUGCGAGAUACGUCGUAGACAUCAUUUGGAGCGCAAAGAAGACGGUGGAUAUGACGCUGAAGAAUACGAUAAGCAUCCCGAGCGCUACAUCUCAACAUUCAGCAAGAAGAUAGCUCCCUACGCAUCAGUGAUAAUAAACGGUAUCUACUGGGCAGUAGACUCUCCAAAGUUGCUGACGAUUCCUGAUGCAAAGUACCUUCUGCGACCAGCUUACACCCCCUGGCUGCCAAUAAGCGUCGGCGCGCCAGCGUUGCCUCACCGUAUGCUGGCGAUCUGCGACAUAUCCGCAGAUCCAGGAGGUAGUAUUGAAUUUAUGAAUGAAUGUACGACUAUUGACACGCCAUUUUGUCUUUACGACGCUGACAGAAACAAAGACACUAAGUCAUUCAAAGGUCCUGGUGUUUUAGUCUGUUCUAUUGAUAACAUGCCAACGCAGUUGCCCAAAGAGUCCACUGACUUCUUUGGUGACUUGCUGUUUCCGUUCGCUCGGGAGAUCAUUGAGAAAUCUGACGCCAAAAAGCCUUUGGAGGAGCACGAUUUCAGCCCCGCAGUCCACGGUGCUAUAAUCGCGUCCAACGGACAAUUGACUCCCAACUUUGAGUACAUAAAGGAGCUGAGAACAAUGAAUCAGAGAAGCAAACACAAAGCUGCCAGCGACAGUGAAACCCAGACUAAGACGAUUGUGGUACUGGGUGCUGGAUAUGUUUCAGCUCCGCUGGUUGAAUAUUUGCAUCGAGAUGGUAACACAAAAAUCGUUGUCUGCUCACAUUUAAAGGACGAGGCUGAUACACUCGCUAACAAGUAUUCUGGGGUUGAGUCUAUUUUCUUGAAUGUUACGGAACGCCCUGAUACUUUGAAAGAAAUAAUUAGCUCGGCAAAUGUUGUGGUUUCUUUGCUGCCUUAUGGGCUUCAUCAUGUCAUAGCUAAGACUUGUAUUGACACCAAGACUCAUUUGGUUACUGCCAGUUACUUGAAUGAUAAUAUAAGAAGUCUUCAUCAAGAAGCGGAAAAUGCUGGAAUAACAAUUUUAAAUGAAAUGGGUCUAGAUCCAGGUAUUGAUCAUUUGCUAGCUCUUGAGUGUUUUGAGGAUGUAAAACAAGCAGGCGGUAAAAUUGAGUCAUUUAUUUCCUGGUGUGGAGGUCUACCAGCGCCAGAGUGUUCAGCUAAUCCUCUGAGGUACAAAUUCAGCUGGUCACCGCGUGGUGCUUUAAUAAAUACUCUAUCACCGGCGAAAUACUACCACAAUGGGCAAGUUGUUGAGAUCGCUGGAGGUGGUGAUCUCAUGUCGGCAGUUCAGAGUCUUGAUUUUCUGCCAGGAUUCGCUCUGGAGGGCUUUCCUAAUCGCGACAGCACGAUGUAUCGAGAAUUAUACGGAAUUCAGAAUGCUAAUACUAUUUUACGAGGGACGCUAAGAUUUAAAGGUUUCACCGAUACUGUUCAAUCUUUGCAAUACUUGGGUCUCAUUGAUCCUAAUCCUCAUCCUAUUUUACAUCCGAAUGGACCAGAUAUCACCUGGCGUACACUUAUUUGCAAUCUUUUGGGUCUGAUAAACGAUGAUAUAUUCUACGAAAAUCUCAAACGAAAGCUUGUAGAGCGUGUAAAUUCUGAGGAACGUGUCCAAGCCCUUGAAGACCUCGGUUUGCUUGCUGAAGACUCUGUGUUGAAACUAAACACUCCAAUAGACACGUUGGCCCAUUACUUGUCUAAAAAACUUAACUUUGAGAAAUCAGAACGCGACUUGGUGAUCUUGCGCCACGACAUUGGAAUCCAUUGGCCGGACCACAGAAUUGAGGACAGAGGAAUAAAUUUAGUUAUUUACGGGAACGCUGACGGGCACUCGGCGAUGUCUCGUACCGUUGGAUAUCCAGCAGCUAUUGCUGCCAAGAUGAUUCUGGACGGUGAAAUUCAACAACGUGGUGUUAUUUUACCCUUCACACCCGAUAUUUAUCGCCCUGUUCUUAAUAGACUAAGGUCUGAGGGAAUUGAAUCCUUUGAAACAUCUAGAUGGCGUUAAUUAUAUUAUUAAUAAAUCUGUACAUAUUAAAUAACAUUCGAUCUUUGUUUGUAAAAUAAUUAUAUUGCAGGAGAUUUAUUUACAAAGGUUUGUUAAAAAA